AGCCAAAUUUAAAGUUAAUGGGGAUUUAUAAGUUCUUUCCCUCACUCUCAGUUGUGUUUUUCUCAUCUUUGUGCAUGCAUGCUGUUAUUCUUAACUCAUGUCUUUCUUUUUCCUUGGGUACUGAAAGUGAUGAGACGGAUAGUCGGGCCUUGCUUCAAAUCAAGGAUAGUAUAACUGAUGACCCUUCUGGAGUCAUGGCUUCAUGGAACGAAACCGUCCAGUUUUGCCAUUGGCGGGGUGUCACGUGUGGUCGUCGUCACCAGAGGAUCACGGGGCUGAACCUGGAGUCCUUGAACCUUACAGGAUCCAUAUCACCACAUGUCGGGAAUCUGAGUUUUCUGAGAGUCCUUAAUCUCCAAAACAACAGCUUCAGCCAUGAAAUCCCACCAGAAAUCGGCCGUCUGCACAGAUUGCAAGAUUUACUAUUGAACAAUAAUUCACUUGGUGGUGAAAUUCCCUCCAACUUGUCAGCUUGCUCACAACUACUCCAAAUUGAUCUCGGUCACAAUUCGCUGGUAGGAAGAAUUCCUGAAGAGCUUGGCACUUUGUCAAAGCUAAGAAUACUUGUAAUUCGCUACAACAACCUCAGCGGAAGUGUCCCAUACUCUCUCAGAAACUUAUCAACUCUUGAGGUGCUUUCUGCAUCUUCUAAUUAUUUGACUGGAAGCAUUACAGAUAUUUUCAGCCAGCUGAAAAAAUUAACAGAGAUUCAAUUCGCGGACAAUUCUCUGUCUGGUAUGAUUCCAUCCUCCAUCUUCAAUCUGUCUUCUCUCAUAAGAUUUUCUCUGCAACUAAAUGAAAUCCAAGGUACUUUUCCCUCUGACUUAGGUAUUUUUUCUCCAAGUCUCCAGUAUUUUGAUAUUGCUUCUAACCAAUUUAGUGGAACUAUCCCAGUAUCAAUAUCGAAUGCCUCAAGUCUAGGUCAUCUAGGAAUGCAAGGAAACAGCCUACAUGGUAAAGUCCCAUCUUUGGCAAAUUUGCAUAAGCUUGAGAGAUUUUCUCUAACCUCUAACAAUCUAGGAAGUGGGGGACUUAAUGACUUGAGCUUUAUCUGUGAUUUGACUAGAGCCACCAAUUUAAAACACCUAGGCAUUAAUAUGAACAAUUUUGGGGGUGUCUUACCUGAAUGCACAGCAAACUUGUCUUCUUCUCUUGCACGGUUCUACGUAAGUGACAAUAAAUUAGUAGGAAGACUCCCAAAUGGGAUUGGAAAUUUAGUUAAAUUGGAGAGCCUAUUUCUGUCUAUGAACCAAUUUUCUGGUGAAAUCCCUCCUGCUCUAGGCAAGCUUCAAAACUUAUAUCAAUUAGAUUUAGCUAUAAACUCUCUUUCUGGUGAAAUUCCAUCCUCUUUCGGAAACUUAAGUCGAUUAACUAAAUUAUAUUUGGAUGACAAUAACCUUCAAGGAAAUAUACCUUUAAGUUUAGCAGACUGUCACAAUUUGGAAAUCUUGUCUGUUCCAAGAAACAAUCUCAGCGGUAUCAUUUCCUCAAAAAUCAUCGGUCUAUCAUCUUCAUAUAUAUUUUUGGAUUUAUCUCGAAAUCGUUUCACCGGUCCCUUUCCUCAGGAAGUAGGAAAACUUAUAAAUCUUGAGUAUUUAGAUAUUUCCGAAAACAUGUUUUCUGGUGAAAUUCCAUCAGGUCUUGGUAGCUGCAUAAAAGUAGAAAAACUACACAUGCAAGGAAACUUCUUCCAAGAAACAAUUCCAUUGUCUUUGGCUUCUCUAAGAGGUAUUCAAGAAUUAAACCUUUCUCGCAACAACUUGUCUGGAAAGAUUCCAGAGUUCUUGGAGAGCUUUAAACUUCUCCAAUCUUUGAAUCUGUCGGAUAAUAAUUUUGAGGGCAUGGUGCCAGCCAAAGGAGUUUUUACAAAUGCAACUGCCACAUCAGUUAGAGGAAAUGGUAAUCUUUGCGGGGGCCUACUUGAGUUUCAUUUGCCAAAAUGCAAAUUCAAACAACCGAAAAAGGGAGGAUUAAGCCUAACCUUGAAAUUCAUAAUCUCUAUUGGUUGUGCUCUUCUUGGAGGAACUUUUGCAUUUACUUUUUUGUACCAUUGUUGUGUAAGGAGGGACAUAAAGGAUGAUAGCUCUAGUGGUUCAGAAAAAUUUAUACGGUUAUCUUACCAAAGUCUUCUAAAGGCUACCGACGGAUUCUCCUCUUCCAAUUUGAUUGGUGCGGGCAGUUUUGGAUCCGUGUACCGAGGAUCACUUGACCAAGGUGAAACAACAAUUGCUGUCAAGGUACUCAACCUUGUUCAUCCUGGAGCUUCAAAAAGUUUCAAAGCUGAGUGUGAGGCCUUGAAAAACAUUAGACACCGUAAUCUUGUGAAGGUACUCUCUGCCUGUUCUGGUGUUGAUUAUCAUGGUCAUGACUUCAAGGCCUUAAUUUAUGAGUACAUGGUUAAUGGGAGCUUAGACGAGUGGUUGCAUCCAGCUCCCACAGUUGGUGAGACAAAUGAAAGCCCGAGGAGUCUAAAAUUUUCUCAGAGGUUGAACAUUGCUAUCGAUGUCGCUAUGGCAUUGGAUUAUCUACAUCAUCAAUGUGAAACGCCAAUAGUUCACUGUGACCUCAAGCCAAGCAAUGUUCUUCUCAAUGAUGAUAUGAUUGGACAUGUUGGCGACUUUGGGUUGGCAAGAUUCCUCCUGAAACUUCCUGAUAGCUGUUCUGGUAAUCAGUCAAGUUCCCUUGGAGUAAAAGGAACAAUUGGUUACACUCCUCCAGAGUACGGUAUGGGAAAUGAAGUCUGGACACAAGGUGAUGUGUAUAGUUAUGGCAUUCUACUAUUGGAAUUGUUUACGGGAAAAAGGCCAACAGAAAAGAUAUUUCAAGGAAGUGUAAAUCUUCAUAAUUUUGUCAAGACUGCUUUGCCUUAUCAGGUUGAACAGAUUGUGGAUCCUGUUCUGGUUCAAGAAAGAGGGGAAGGGAUCAUUAGCACAUCCAAUAGUCUUAAUGGAGAUAGAACAAGGGCUUUCAUCAAUAUUCAAGAAAGCUUGAUCGCCAUUUUAGAAGUUGGUGUUGCUUGUUCUGCAGAGUUGCCAAGAGAACGAUUGGACAUUCGUGAUGCUCUGGCAGAGAUGUGUCGGAUACGAAACAAACUUUGAGCUGAGUAGAACAUUUGAAUAAAAGCAUACUGUCUAUAUAUGCUCCAGAGCAUGUAACAAACAUUAUUUCCUUAUAUCAAUCUGGGAGUUCCAGAGGUGUGCAGAAAUGAGAUGAAGGCUUCCGUAUGUUUGAAAAAAAAAAAUCAAUAAUGUAUAGUCAAUGCCUUGUCCAGCAGACUUGACUUGAUUUACCCUGAAAAAUGUGAGGCUUGCUAGUUCAUUAUUCAUGCUGCUACUUACCAAAAGAGUCCAUAAAUGUUUCCUUCUAUAACCAAGUAUUACACCAGACUAUUUUUCUUCAAAGAAAUAUUUGAUACAGAGAGAAUCAAUUUAUAAACUUGCAUAAAUUUGGAAUGAAUGCUAUUAUGUGGAGCUAGUGUCAAACAAUUUUGAACACUGCGAUCACCGAGCAUAUGCAUGAGACAUUGGUUAAUUUUAAAUUUACUCUUGAUCAAAGCGUAAAUGGUGAGAUUUUGGUUGCUGACAAUGUCGCCUUCACUUAUAAUGUGUUGUAGCUUUUCCUUCCACUGAUCUUUUUUCUUUUGAAUGAGACAGGAAGAAGACGUGAAAAUUUUGGGAUUGGGAUUGUGGUGUGAAGGCAUAUACUUUUCCUAUUCUUCAAAUUUAGAUUCUUUUUUUUUUUUUUUGGGUGAAAUAGGGGGGAAACCCCCAAAAAAUCAGCCCUCAUCAAAGAAGCAAAUUCCCAGGUCCAGAUUAUAACUCCAAUUUGUCAAAUAAUCCGCAACACAAUUUUUUUCCCUGUAAAUGUGGACAAAGUGACAAUUUUUAAUUUGUCACAUAAGAUCACAACAACUAUGCACCAAAGCAGCAAGAGGAUGGCAUUGUAAUGAAUUGAUUUGUUGAACAAGUGAGACAACAACAGCAGCAUCCAUUUCAAUAGCAAGAUUAGUGACACCUUUCACAACAGCAAGAUUUAAACCAAAAUAUAGACCCCUAUUGAGAUAUUAAAAAAAUUGAGCACCUCAUUAAAGUUUAAUAUAAGGGAUUUAAAAGUUGAAACAUCAUCCUAAAAUAAAAAUCCAAUUUACUGCUAAUUAAAAAAGAAAAAAAAAAUCCUAACACCCAACUAACGGGGAUAGCUAACAUCCAAAGCUGUUUUUUUUUUUUUUUUUCCCUCCUCCUUGCUUCAAGUUCUAUACUCUUCUCUCUUUGUUAAAGAAGAUCGCACAAAAUAAGCAGUCAAUAUUGUAAAUUGAUUCUUAGUUAUUUGUUUCCUUGUUUUGUAUUUGGUUAGUCGUAAUUGUAGGAAAUAGAAUAGGAAUGUCAUGU